AGUUUGUUUAUAUUUACAUACCGACGAAAAUCUCAGUUUAUUUUAGAAAAUUAAAAUUUUGUAUAAAAAUUGAAUUGUAAUUUAUGAAAUAUUUAAUAUACUCGUACCUGUUAUUCAACUUCACAUGAGGUCAAGAAAGAAGAAUUUAAUGUAAAACAGAGGAAAAUAAAUCUAAAAACUUUUGAUUAGUCAGAUGAAUUUUAUUGAGUUUUUGAUUCGGUCUUAAACUUAAUCUUGGAAAACAAGUCAUGAACAAGUCGCGUAAUUUCAAAAAGAAAAACCACCGUAGUGCAACGACCUCGGAUCGAAGCCGUAAACUUGCCGAAAAAUUAUCCGAACUGGCAGUCGCCGACUCUAGCUCAUCGUCCGAUGAUUCCGAGACGGAGAGUGAUGGCAGUAGUUCUGAGGGCACUUCGUCGAAGAAUAAGUUCGACUUAGGAAAACCGCCAAACUUCCCGGUCAGUAUGUGGGACUUGAACCAUUGUGAUCCGAAAAAGUGCUCGGGGAGGAAACUGGCCCGCCACGGACUGAUCGAGAGUUUGAGGCUUGGACAGAAAUUCCCUGGUCUUGUUCUAACUCCUGUUGGAGUCAACUGUGUCAGCCCCUUGGAUAAGGAAAUUAUUCAAAGUUCUGGCAUAGCUGUUGUGGAUUGUUCGUGGGCCAGAUUAGACGAAACCCCUUUCCACAAAAUGAAAUCACCCCACCCAAGGUUGCUUCCGUUUCUAGUGGCCGCCAAUCCAAUCAACUACGGAAAACCUUGUAAGCUGUCGUGCGUAGAAGCGAUAGCCGCCUCGAUGUAUAUCACAGGCUUCAAGGAUGAAGCGCUGUGGUACCUGAACAAGUUCUCCUGGGGCCAUUCGUUUGUGGAGUUGAAUCAGGAGCUGCUCGAUUUGUAUGCAGCUUGUAGCAGCAGUAAGGAAAUCUUGGAAGUACAGAACAAAUAUCUGGAAAAGGCCGAGGCGGAGCAAAGAAACCGGAAGUAUGAGCUGGAUUUGCCGCCCAGUGAAAGCGACGAAGAAUAUGAGGAGGAAGAAAGGAAUAAACAAGAAAAUUAAAAAAUAAAAA